AUGACGUACACAAUAAACCGCUGUAACGACGUGGGGCCAGACGAGCCCCCAUUUCUCCGGUUCCUCGGUCGCUACUUUUCCAUGCUGUCGAAGCCCUUGAUAUUCAAUUGGUCCGUUACCCAAUUGGACGACAUAAAGUCCCAAUUGUCGGGCGGAAUUCGUUACUUGGAUCUGCGCCUGGCGACAAAGCCAAACGACUCAAAAAUUUACUUCCUCCACGGUUUGUACGGUGAGGCCGUGGAGUUACAUCUGAACGAAAUCUCUAAUUGGCUCAAGGCGCAUCAGGAAGAGAUAGUAAUCCUAGACUUUCAACACUUUUACUCAUUUAGUUUGAGUGAUCAUCAGAGUCUCGUGGGCAUAAUUAAGAGAACAUUUGGGACAGCAAUCUGCCCAUUUUCUGGGAAUCUAUCGAACAUCAGCAUUGAUUGGAUGGUGAGGAGAGGCUAUCAGGUGCUCAUCGUCUACAGGAAUGAGAUUGCCAAGGUUGACAGGGCGGUGUGGCCGUCGGGACUGUGGUCCACACCCUGGCCCAAUACUACUGAUCCCAGUGCAUUGAUAGAUUUCUUGGAUUCGAGAUUAAAAACUAAACUUCCGAACGUGGGAUAUGUCUCUCAGUGUCUUUUAACUCCUGACAUCAGGUACGUCCUCAGGCACCUUUGUGGCAAUCUUCAUAGUGAUCUUGCUGUCAAGUGUCGAGGAGUCUGUUUACCCUGGGUGAAGGGACAUCAUCCUGGAAGCGGGGGGAUGAAUAUUGUCAUCACUGAUUAUGUUUCUUUUAAUAAUUUUGAGUUUUCCAGAACCGUCAUUCAGAGGAAUAGGGAGUUCCUGGGCCUUUUAUAA